AUGGAAUCUCCAAGACAGUCAGACUCGGAUACUGUUGAAUAUUGGAAGAAACAAGCCAAGUAUUACGAGCAAAAGGUUAUCGACAUUCAACAAGAAUUAGAUGAAUAUACUGAAAAUUCAGCACAGCUUGAAAAAGAAUUGGAAGCAUCACUAGUACAAGUUGAGAAACAAAACAGAGAUCUGGAAAAUCAAAAUCAACGUCUGAAAAAUGACAUCGAAAUGUUAAGGAAUAAAUUGGAAAGAAGUCAACAUGAAACAAAUGCACUAGAAAAUGAAGUAAAAGCUUUAAAAAUAGAUAAAGAUAAACAGGGAGAGUACAUCCGAGAAUUAGAGCAAAAGAAUGAUGAUUUAGAAAGAGGUCAGAGAGUCAUAUCAGAAUCUGUGUCAUGCAUAGAAUCAUUGCUAAAUCAAGCAUAUGAAAGAAAUGCUGUUUUAGAAAGUGAGGUAGACGAAGUUGAAACAUUGCGGGUUCGGUUGCAAAGAGCAACAGAUGAAGCUAGAGAUCUGAAGCAAGAACUUAAAGUUAUGGAACGAGUUCCAAAAGAGAAGAAACUAGAUGACAGUACAAAUGAAAAUUCAUUAUUUAAUGGACACAGUCCUAACCCAUCUCGAACCCAAGUAGAGAUAGAAACACAAACUUCUCUGAUGUCGCCACAAAAACGUGAAAUUAACGGCAAUGCAAUGACACCUUCAUCUCGGGUAACGGCCAUAAAUAUAGUUGGUGAUCUUCUACGCAAAGUGGGGCUUGAAAGGUUUCUUUGCCGUGACUGUGGUAAGGUUAAAUGCUCCUGUGAUGUGCCUCCAGCCUCUAACCUACACAUAACUCCACCGAACGUCAACUACGCAAAGCCGAAUAAUGAACUAAAUGACAGAGAAUCGGACAAAAGUGAUCCUAUAGAGUAUAGAAAACAAAGAGAGAGACACCAUUCUGAGUCUGAAAACGAUAUUUUGUCGAAGAAACCUCCUAUUGCAAUGCAGCGAGCAUCUGAGAUGCCAUUUACUCGGGCUUCUCUACAGCCAGAAAACGGAAAGUUGAGAAGAUCUUUUGCUGUGCGAUCGCGGGAGGGUUUAGAGAAUCUUUUAAACUUUUCUAUCAGGAAAAAUAAUGAAGGGAAACCAAAACAAGUGCAAAAUUAA